AUGGCCAUUCAACACGACGCCGCCAUUCUCCCCCAGCAGGGUGGUCCCUUGUCCCUUGGCAAGCGUCCCACCCCCGAACCCGGUCCAAACGAGGUCCUCAUCGAAGUCAAAGCCGUUGCCUUGAACCCCUGCGACCAUUUCCAGCGCGACUAUGGCAUGCCUCCUGUGCCUAUCUACCCCGCCAUCAUCGGGUGCGAUGCUGCUGGUAUCGUCACCAAGCUCGGCGCAAAUGUCACCACCGUCCCCGGCCCAGGAAGUCGAGUCAUUGCCCUUGCCACAUCUUUCUACCAGAGCGGCUCCCCAGACCACGGCUCCUUCCAAAAAUACACAUUGGCUCAGUCCGAAGUUGUAAUUCCACUCCCUGACAAUUUCUCCUUCGAGGAAGGCGCGGUCUUCCCCUUGGCCGUGUUGACUGCCUUAACUGCCUGGACCACAAUCGGCAUUUCGCUCAACAUCCAGUACACGCCCGCGGACAAACAGGCGGUCCUAAUCUGGGGCGCAUCGAGCAGUGUAGGCUCGUUUGCCGUCCAAUCGGCCAAGUCUCUCGGCUUCACUGUCUACGCCACCGCCAGCCCCAAGCACCACGAUCUCGUCAGGAAGCUCGGAGCCCACGCUGUCUUCGAUUACAAGGAAAGCGAUGUCGUCAAUCAGAUCGUCAGUGCCGUGAAGAAGGAUGGCGUCAAGCUGCACAGCGCACACUGCGUGGUUGAUGGAGCUCUGCAGCCGACAUUGGACGUUCUCAAGGAGACCAAAGGCGAUGUAAAGGCAAAGGUUGCGCACUCGCCUCUUCUCCCCGAAGGUCACCCUACGCUCGACAAUACGGAUAUCACCUUUAACAUGCCAUCCAUGGAUGAGAUUGCCAGGAAGAAGCACUUUUAUGAGGUCUUUCAUGGCUGGCUGAAGACCGGUUUGCAGUCCGGGGAGGUAGUCCCCAGCCCUGCUAUCCAGAUUGAGAGUGGUGGUCUGGGCGGAGUGAACGCAGCAUUGGACAAGCUCAAGGGUGGUGUGAGUGGCACCAAGAUUGUUGUGCCACUCUAA